UACAGGUUUUCCUCUUCAGUUUCUCGGGUGUGCGUGCGCAUCUGCCGCGGAGCUGGCGGGCUGCGGGCUGCCGCUGCGCUGCGCUGAGCUGAGUUGAGCGCGUUGCCGUGCCGGAGGCGCGGGGGGCCGUGGCCGCCGCCGGGGCUCAGGCCGUUCCGGGCAGAGAUGGGUUUCGCGGCUGCCCGUGCGAGGGAGGACAGUGGCCGCUCGGCUCCGAGUGCCCGGGCGGGGAGGUGUGUGUAGGGACCACCGCCGCAGCACGGGGGUUUGGUUUUCCCCCCAUUCUCUCAGCUUUCAGAGGUGUAGCAGGCAGGGGUUCAGCUCGGUAGUGAAAUUGCAGCAGUUUGUGCCUCCUCCAGUGUGCUCGAGCGAGGAAAAUGGAGGCUGUGAUAGAGAAGGAAUGUAGUGCGCUCGGAGGGCUCUUCCAGACCAUCAUAAGCGACAUGAAGGGAAGUUACCCAGUGUGGGAAGAUUUUAUAAAUAAAGCUGGGAAACUGCAGUCUCAGCUUCGGACUACAGUAGUAGCAGCUGCGGCCUUUUUGGAUGCCUUUCAGAAAGUGGCUGACAUGGCUACUAAUACACGUGGUGGUACCAGAGAGAUUGGUUCUGCUCUCACCAGGAUGUGUAUGAGGCACAGAAGUAUAGAGUCCAAACUCCGGCAGUUCUCAAGUGCUUUAAUUGACUGUCUGAUAAACCCACUUCAAGAACAGAUGGAAGAGUGGAAGAAAGUGGCCAAUCAACUGGAUAAAGACCAUGCAAAAGAGUACAAAAAGGCCCGCCAAGAGAUAAAAAAGAAAUCAUCUGAUACACUGAAGCUACAGAAGAAAGCAAAGAAAGCUGAGGCUCUGGGACGGGGUGACAUUCAGCCCCAGUUGGACAGUGCUUUACAAGAUGUCAAUGAUAAGUACCUGCUGCUUGAAGAAACCGAGAAGCAAGCUGUCAGAAAAGCUCUGAUUGAGGAGCGCGGUCGAUUCUGUGCUUUCAUCUCCAUGCUGCGCCCUGUGAUAGAAGAAGAAAUAUCAAUGCUAGGAGAAAUAACCCAUUUACAAACCAUAUCAGAUGACCUGAAAAGUCUCACCAUGGAUCCACACAAGCUGCCAUCUUCAAGUGAACAGGUAAUUUUAGAUUUGAAAGGUUCUGAUUACAGCUGGUCUUAUCAGACUCCUCCAUCCUCUCCCAGUACUACCAUGUCCAGAAAAUCUAGUGUUUGCAGCAGUCUGAACAGCGUUAACAGUAGUGAUUCCCGGUCCAGUGGCUCGCACUCGCACUCACCUAGUUCACACUAUCGCUAUCGCAGCUCCAAUCUGCCUCAGCAGGCACCCAUGAGGCUGUCCAGUGUGUCCUCCCAUGAUUCUGGAUUCAUGUCCCAGGAUGCUUUCCAGUCCAAAUCGCCAUCCCCCAUGCCACCAGAAGCACCUAACCAGAAUUCGUCCAGCUCUGCCUCUUCAGAAGCCUCUGAAACCUGCCAGUCAGUGAGCGAGUGCAGUUCCCCCACCUCAGUCAGCUCAGGCUCCACCAUGGGGGCUUGGGCCUCCACAGAUAAGUUGUCUAAUGGGUUUUAUCACUGUAGUUUAUCAAGUGACCCAUCCGUAGCUUCAGUUGGUGCAGGUCCUUUCCCUCAUUUCCCGCCUGUCUCCCGCGCGUGGACUCGGGCUCCCUCAGCCCUCCUUCCAGACUACGCUCAUUAUUACACCAUUGGGCCAGGCAUGUUACCAUCAUCUAAGAUCCCUAGCUGGAAGGACUGGGCCAAGCCAGGCCCAUACGAUCAACCGAUGGUGAACACGUUGCAGCGGCGCAAGGAGAAGCGGGAGCCAGAUGUCAAUGGAGGAGCUCCAAGUGGACCCCCCGUGCCUCCAGAGGAGCCCCAGAGACCCCGGAGCAUGACGGUGUCGGCUGCCACAAGGCAGGGUGAGGAGAUGGAGGCCUGCGAGGAGCUGGCGCUCGCUCUGACAAGAGGGCUGCAGCUGGACACCCAGAGGAGCAGCCGGGAUUCCCUGCAGUGCUCCAGCGGCUACAGCACCCAGACAACAACUCCGUGCUGUUCAGAGGACACAAUCCCAUCCCAAGUUUCAGAUUAUGAUUAUUUCUCUGUGAGUGGUGACCAGGAGGCAGAACAACAAGAGUUUGACAAAUCCUCCACCAUCCCAAGAAACAGCGACAUUAGCCAGUCCUAUCGCAGAAUGUUUCAAACCAAGCGUCCUGCUUCCACCGCAGGUCUGCCCACCACGCUUGGACCGGUCAUCGUCACCCCUGGCGUCGCCACCAUCAGACGGACCCCUUCCACCAAGCCUUCGGUCAGACGCGGCACCAUCGGGGGAGGGCCCAUCCCGAUCAAGACCCCAGUGAUUCCUGUCAAAACACCGACCGUCCCCGAUAUCCCAGGGGGGCUGCCCGGCGCCCUCGCUGGGACAGAAGAGUGUCCUGAGCAAAGCCCCGAGUCUCCAGCAGCAGGAGACGGUGGGCAGGGUGUCACCAGCAUGCCCUCAUCCUCAUGGAGCGGACAAGCGUCCGUCAACCCUCCGCCGUCCAGCCAGAAACUGAGCGGUGUCGACGAGCAGAGGCAAGCAGUUCCUGAGGGAGAGGGUGAGGAAAGCGACCGGGAUGGUGCCGGUGCCCUGGCACCCGCGGGGCAGCCGGAGCUCGAUCCCGGAGAGCUGAGUCCCGGGGAUGUCCCGCAAGGGGAGGAUAUGCUGAACGCCAUUCGGCGCGGCGUCAAGCUGAAGAAGACCACCACGAACGAUCGCUCGGCACCUCGUAUUUCCUAGGAGCAGAGAAGCUGCCGGAGUACUAAAGCCACCGAGAAGGAACUGUGAGGAAAGUUAAUUUGUCUCUAUCCAUUCCAAUCUGUAAUCAAUGAGUUUUUUAAGAUACUUGGUAACGAGACAGUCUGCAAGUACUCUAGAGGAGAAAACAAGGUGAAAGAGCGUAAGAAAGUAAGACAUAAUCUUCACUGGUGUUUUAAUUUGUAAAUAUCAAUGAUUUUGUUUCUGCUUUUGUUGUUUUUUUGUUUUGGUCUAAGUUACACUUCUGAUUUUUUCUGAAGGUGCCAAAUCCCAUUGACCUUUUUUAUAACUCUCUUUGUAAAGUUUUAAAUCAUAGGAGAAACAAAAACAGUGUCGAGUAGUUAAACUUCAGCAAAGGGAUUUCAUGACAAUUUGGCUUUUGUGCAAGCUUUUGUAGAGCGCUUUGUGAUAAUGAGGUUGAAAAAGAACAAACCAAGGGGACUUACUCUAAAGUUUAAGCCGUAAGGAACAGAUCCUCAUUGAAGUAUUAAAGAAAAUAAAGCCUGAAAAGCAGGAAUGAAAAUUGACAAUAAAAGCAAUAUAUAAUGCAAGGAAGAAACCUGCAGUUGGUAGAGUAUUUCGGGGGGUGGGUAGUGGGGAGGGGGGAGAUGCCAUCAAAAUAGCAGAUGCUGUUGCACAAGAGUAGCCUAGUAGGAUUAAUUACUAGUAGCUUCAUGGUAAAUGCAUCAGAAUAAGCCAUACUGGAUUGCAGUGUUUUGUUUCUGUGGGGUGUUUUAACGACCGGGGGUUUUUCCACGUUUCUUUUCGGGACUGCACAGCAGCAACUCUCAGUCACAUGCAUGCAGCCUGACCCGCGUAGGCUUGGUUCUUCCACCUCCACCUUUUGUUCCGCUCAUCCUCUCACUGAAUACAAACACGGACGACAGGCUUAAGGCAGUUACACGUGUGCAAAAGAACCUUUUUAAACCGCGAGCAGGGAGUUCUUAGACGUUAUCCAAAUGCCUUUUUGUGACCGUGCCCAGCAGGCUGGGCCUCCAAAGCCCAAGUAUUUUGAGGAGACACUGACAAAUUUGGCAGGUGUAACCAGCUUUGAGCUAACAAACUGCGGACGUUCCUUUCCAAUACAGGGGCUUGUUUUUCUUAACUCCUUUUAAAUGGCAGUUGACGAUUGGCUUUUCUUAACUACCGAAAAGAAAGGGGAGAGAGGGGUGGGGGGUGGGCAGAGAGACUCUUCUUUUGAUAACACCGGGAGCCUGACCACUAGAGCCUCUUCUUUUGUACUUUAAGUCGUGUUUUUUGGAACACUGUUGAUAGAAUUAUUAAGAGUUGGCUUUUUUCCUUCAAGUAAAAGUAAGUUCUUGCUGCGAUACCCAUCUCUUAAAGCUGAUAGAAAUGUGCAGACCGUGGGGCACGAGACGUGUUUGGAUCAGACCCGCAGGAGGGUGGACACGGCACUGGUGUACCUGGGGUGGUUUAAAACCUGCACCAAAUACCACCCACAAGGGGCUGGUUUCCACCAGCCACUCUGCAGAUUUCUGUUGGCUCUGGACUUGCCUACAUACCCUCUUAUGCUUUAAUACAUAACUGCAUUGGAUGUGAGACUUGUAGUAACUGUGUAGUCACUGUGUUCUAUAUAACAUUUUACACUGCUGUGGUUGCUAACCUUUUGGUUUUUUGUUAUGGCUUAAAAGCAAAAAAAGCAAAAAAAAAAAAAAAGGCAUGAUUCUUAGAAACUAUGAACUAAACCUUCCUUCCUUUGAAAAACAAGCUCCUUACUACAGAAUCUAAUGAACAGUAGUGCCUGUGGUGUAGCCCACCAACCUUGAGACGGUAGCUGAUGCGUUGUGCAAAUGAGGCUUCGAGAGAUGGUUUUUGCAUAAACAAAAACUGCUAGGAGAUAAUCUCGAUAGUUUAAAAGUGUUAUUUAAACCUUUGGAAUAAAUGGAUGUAACUGUACCCGAGUACAGCUUUUCACUUGUUUAGUUCUUAAACGUUAGUAUAAUCAGUAAAAAUUUAAUAUAAAAUGUUGCCAAAUUCAAUGUAGAAAGAAUGUGACAAAACACUUUGGAUAGUUCUAUUGUUUGUGUUUUUGCAUAUUGUAAAAGCAGUGUCACAGCUAAAAAAGAAAAUGUUUCUAAUGGUAAAUUAUUGUGGUUUAGUUGCUAGUUUGUACUGAGAGUUGAGCUCUCCCUGUGCAGGUUUUUGUUCUAAACUGGUAUAAAUAAUUGCUGUAAGUGUGUCUCCCUUCUACAUUGUAAUGAUUGCUUAAGCCUACAUUAUAAAUAAAGAACUGCUGGAAAA